CGCCGAAACCGCCGAAACCGCCGCCGCCGAAACCGCCCAAGCCGCCGUCGGAGAAACCGCCCGCGUCGGAGGUGGCGAAGUGGAGGUUCGAUCAAACGCAAAGUAAUGGUAAGCGGCGCGCAUCGGAUGCGUCUUCGUCGGAGGAAGAGGGCGAGUAUAUACCGCCGCCGCCGAAACCACCCGCCGGGACGCCGCCGCCCGCGGACGUCCUCGCGAAGAAGAAAGCCAAGCGAUCGCGUCCGAAGGUUGAGCCGUCGCCGAGCGAAGAUUGCGCUCCACCGCCACCGCAACCACCGUCAAAUCCGCCUCCUGAGUCAGCGAAGACGAGUAGAGAACAGAAAUUGCGGAUGCCGAAACCAGAGUCCUCCACAGACGAAGAUGAGGAUGACGAUGUGUAUCUCUCGUGCGAGGAUGAGCUAGAAGACGGCGAGCUUCCCCGUCUAGUGGACCUUUUCUUCGACUCCGAGGAAACGCACGAGGAGGGAGACGAGGCGAAGACGAUGAAAUUUGAAAAAAUUGAGCCUCGAGCGACGAGUCACGAGUUGAUGGCUGGCGGUGAGUUCGACAGCAUUGAGAGUAUCGCACGGGUCCAAGAUGACGCCAAGGAGACAUUUCUCAAUAACGUCAACUCUCCGGAAAUCAAGGACAAAAAACGCUCGAAGACGAAGAAGCGUCUGAGUGUUGGUGGGGAUGAGAGCGACCAUCCGGAACUCUCGCGUUUGAUCAAGGCGCGCAAGUUAGCGCUGGUUUUAGACUUGGAUCACACGCUUUUGAACAGCGUUUUGGUGCCUUCGCUUCGAACGGAGGCAAAUUCUUUACAAAAUGCGAUGCGCCUGCUGGAUCACGACGUCGCUCGAGCGGAAAGAACAGGGGAUCCACUCCAGAGAUCGUGUUUUCACUUGCCGCAUUUCGACCUGUUCACAAAGUUGCGCCCGGGCGUCAGAAGUUUUCUCGAGCGCGCGUCCAAGUUGUUUGAGAUUCACAUCAGUACCAUGGGGUCGCAAGCAUACGCAGACCAGAUGGUGGCUCUACUCGAUCCAGCGAAGAAGUGGAUAAAUGGCACCGUCAAGGGGCUCGGAGAGAUGGAGAACGGCAGGUUGAUCGCGCCGCGGUACAAGAGUCUGGACGACUGCGGUUUGGGUGAACUCACCGAUGUUUCCGUCAUCUUCGACGAUACCACCGACGUUUGGGCUCAAAACCUAAAAAGUUUGUUCACUUGUGAGCGUUACUUAUUCUUCCCGCAGGCGCGUAGACAGUUUGGAUUACUCGGUUCAUCGCUCCUCGAAGUGGGGCAGGACGAGAGCGAGAGCGAAGGAAUGCUGAUGACGGCGAUAAAUGUGUUCGAAUCCGUACACGCGGAGUAUUUCAAGCGCCGAGACGCUCUGAAGGGAAAGAAAUCGCCGUGCAUGCAAGACAUAUUAGAAGAACGGCGCAAGGUGGUCCUCUCUGGCGUGCACGUCGUCUUCAGUCGAGUCUUCCCGUUACACGUGAAACCCGAGGAGCAACCGCUGUGGAUCCUGGCUGAGAAUUUUGGCGCAAAUUGCUCGAGUGAGAUAACGAGCCAUACAACACACGUCGUCGGGACUUCGAAAGCGACGGCCAAGGUUCGAGAGGCGCUCAAACGCGGUGGAAUACACGCGGUGACCCCGCACUGGCUCGAGUGCUCCAUGUUAUUCUGGCGACGCGCGAGCGAAAAGAAUUUCACGAUCGCGCACCAUUAG